CCAUGGGAGGAGCUUGGGUUUUCGCGAAUGUGUUUAUUAUUGGAUUGUGCGCAAUUGCCGCAGUAAAAGUAGAUCCAGAACUAGAUGAAGAAGCUAAGUCGUAUGUAAGCAUUGCUCAAAACCAACAGAAGCCAAUCGUCUACGGCAACUACGUGCCUGCGAGCAAUAAUAUACACAGCGCGUACAUAAAUCCGGGCUAUUCGAGAGUCAAUUAUUUAACAUACGGAGGUAGCAGAACUCCAGACUAUGAUUUCGCUGAGGGCGGCCCAGUGGAGGCGGAAGUCGACGACUUGGGUGUAAGAGAAGACUAUGACGAUGCGGCCUCAGCCGUACCAUACAGCGCUCCGGCUAGAUACGAACAAAGAGAUGACCUAGGCUACUACGGUUAUCAUCAUAAAAAAGGAAAGAAAGAAGUCCAUUAUCAUCAACACAAGCACCUUCAUGAGCACGAUCACAAACAGGAGCACGUGCAUAAGCACAAGGCUACCCACGAACAUGAUGAGCAUCAUCACCAUAAGCACGAGAACGAGCACAAGCACAAACAUGGUCAUAAACACGGUCACAAGCAUGAGAACCAUCACAAGCACGACCAUCAUCAUGGCCAUCAUCACGAACAUAAAAACCAACAUCAUCAUGACCACCACUCCGAACACAAGCACGGACAUCACCACGGCCACAAGCAUGAACACAAGAACCAUCAUGACCACAAGCACGAACACAAACACGGUCAUGAGCAUAGCCAUCACGAGGAUCAUAAACAUGAAAACCAUCACGAUCACAAACAUGAACAUAAGCACGGUCACGACCAUCAUCAUGACAACAAGCAUGACCAUCAUCACAAGCAUGGCCACCAUCAUCAUCACGGUCAUCAUGCCAAGCAUGAACACAAGCAUUCCCACAAGAAGCACCACAAGUGGUAGA